CGAGGGGGAGGGAAGCGAGGCCGGUUUGGCCGCGGCGCCGCCACAACAUCAGCAGGAGGCGACGGCAGGCGCGGAGCGGCGAGCUCCCCGGGCGGGCACUCGGGUAGCCCUGUGUCCAUCGGCAGCACCCAGGAGCAGGGGAGAGCAGGAGUCACCGCCCCCUUGACCUCCCCUCGCUCCGACACCAGCCUCUCAACCGGCAUAAAACAUAAUAAAAGGGGCGGAAUGGCGGCAAAUAUGUACAGGGUCGGAGACUAUGUUUACUUUGAAAAUUCUUCCAGUAAUCCUUACUUAAUAAGAAGAAUAGAAGAACUCAAUAAGGUAUUUUAAAUGUACUGCAAGUGGUAACGUGGAAGCAAAGGUGGUCUGCUUUUAUCGGCGCAGGGAUAUAUCAAACAGUCUAAUAGUACUCGCAGAUAAACAUGCAAAGGAAAUGGAAGAAGAACUGGAGACUACAAGUAUUUUAGACUUGACAGAAAAGCAAAGACAUCAGCUUAAACACAGGGAGAUAUUUCUAUCACGCCAAUAUGAGUCACUUCCUGCCACUCAUAUCAGGGGCAAAUGUGGUGUUACACUUUUGAACGAAACAGAAUCAGUGACCAGCUAUUUGGAAAAGGAGGAUAGUUUUUUCUACUCGUUGGUGUAUGAUCCUUCACAGAAGACACUCUUAGCAGACAAAGGGGAAAUACGUGUAGGUACUCGAUACCAAGCUGAUAUUUCAGACAUGCUGAAUGAAGGUGAAUCAGAUUCCAGAGAUCAAUCGAAGAUGGAAGUUAAGGUUUGGGAUCCUGACAACCCAUUGAGUGAUCGACAAAUAGAUCAGUUCCUGGUAGUUGCACGUGCUGUGGGUACAUUUGCUAGAGCUCUGGAUUGUAGCAGUUCUGUCAGACAGCCAAGUUUACAUAUGAGUGCAGCAGCUGCUUCAAGGGACAUUACUCUGUUUCACGCAAUGGACACUUUACACAAGCACAACUAUGACUUGACAAAUGCAAUCAGCAUCUUAGUACCACAGGGUGGUCCGGUUCUGUGCAGAGAUGAAAUGGAAGAGUGGUCAGCGUCUGAAGCUAGCCUGUUUGAAGAGGCAUUGGAAAAGUAUGGCAAGGAUUUCAAUGACAUCCGGCAAGACUUUCUGCCAUGGAAAUCACUGACCAGUAUCAUAGAAUACUAUUAUAUGUGGAAAACAACAGACAGAUAUGUCCAACAGAAACGCCUCAAGGCAGCUGAGGCAGAGAGCAAACUGAAACAGGUGUACAUUCCAACAUACAAUAAACCUAAUCCCAAUCAGAUAUUGAAUGUUAAUGGAAAGCCUGCUGUGGCGAAUGGUCCAGUUGGAGCGAUGGUUUAUCAAAACCAAAACUCAAGUUUAGGCCGACCAUGUGAGAGUUGUUACACCACACAGUCUCAACAGUGGUUUUCCUGGGGACCUCCAAAUAUGCAAUGUAGACUUUGUGCUUCAUGUUGGACAUACUGGAAGAAAUAUGGUGGUCUAAAGAUGCCUACUCGAACAGAAGCAGAAAAAAUGUCGCCACCACAUGAUGUUUCGGAACCACGUGUAAGAGGCAUCUUUCGUCAUGGUCAACCAGGGCAUGGUGUGCCAAUGCAUAUCGAUAGUCCAAAGUCUACGUUGAAGACACGACAGUCUUUCUUUCUGCAGACAACACGUCUUACAAAACUUGCCAGACAUGUUUGCAGAGAUAUUUUGCAGCUGAAACAGGCAGCAAGGAGACCAUUUGUUCCAAUUAACUGUGCUGCCAUUAAGGCAGAAUGUGCUGCUAGGUUUCCAGAUGCAGCGAAAAGGCCACUGAAUAUCAAAGAGCCAUUGAGGAAGCCUCUGGCAAGUGUUAUCAAGUAUCUAGAAGUUCACCCUGCUGUAAAGCCAAAGGUGUUCAGAACUGUACCAAGCAUCACCUCUGGGAACUCCAGUCAAUCUCCAAAACGGCUAUUUACAAUUCAAAACCACGGCUCUCCGACUAUUCUAGGAAAACGAAGCUACAGCCAGCACAAUGGUGUGGAUGGGAAUGUGAAAAAGCGACUUUUGACACCUUAUAGGGAUAUUGCAAGUCAUACACAAGGAACUUUAAUAAACACUGAUCAUUUCCCAUACUUGGCUAAUGGAAAAGGAAUUUCGACUGGAAUCAAUGUACUCCAGCCUGGUACUGUUCCAGUGAUCAAGAGACAACGGCCAAACUGGAUUGAUGCACCUGAUGAUGGUUUUUUUAAAGUUACCGAGAAAACAAGGAAGAUUCGUAAACUUCUGUCGCCUUCUGAGAUGAGGAGAGCUUCUAGGAGACCUUGCCUCCCACUAAUCAUGCCAUCCCCUCAGCUGCCUUUGACUUCUAAUCAAUGCAAACAAUCCAACAUUGCAGAAGCAAUUGUCAUUACGGACUGAGAACAUGAAAUUGGUGGAUUUAGUCAGUCAAGCUUAUCAAGAAUAGAGUAUUGAAGCUAUAGAUCACAUGGAUUUCCUAUCAGGCCUUUACAACUUUGUUAGUUGUUGUUAAGACGAAUAAGGAAAUAGUAUGAAUAUUUUAUUGGCAAUGUUGUUUUGCCACUCUCUCCAGCAGAUGAAUAUUCUUAUUGUUACAUUUGUAUUAUUUUCUAGUGCUUUCAGAACAAUGGUGAGACAUUUUGCUGUCUUAUAUAUUUUAUUUGUGCAUUAGAUUGAUUAUACAAGUAGCACUGAAGUACUUUAAUAUGUUUGUUAAUAUGCUUUUUAGAAGUACUUACCAGUGUAUAUAUCGAUCAGGGAUGUCCAACCUUGUCUCAAGGCUUUUAAACCCAAACAAUCCAAUCCUCCUUUUGUUUAUAUUCCGUAAUUCCUAGGUUGCCCUUCUUGAAUUAAUCAACACUGAGUUUUAAAAAGGGCUGUCUUAAUAUUAUGGAAACACAAGAGACUGCAGAUGCUGGAAAUCUGGAGCACGAAGGAGCUGGAGGAACUCAACGAGUCGGGCAGCAUUUGUGGAGGGAAAUAAACAGUCGCCUUUUCGGAACUGGUCAGUUUUGAUGAAUGGUCUUGAAAAUCUAAUGUUCAUUUCCUGACCUGCUGCGUUCCUCUAGCUCCUUUGUGUGGCAUAAUAUUGUUUUGUCAUCGAUGGGCGAUCCUAAACCAUAUUUGGGUAUUGGCAACUGCAGGCAGAUACAAAUUUCUGAAUUGUAUAUAAAAUGUAUAUCCAGAUGCCAGUGCAAAUCACCUAUGCAGUCUACACAGAUAAAACCUUAAGCAGCAACAAUUCAGGCCUUAUCCUUGUUUACAGUUCAUUGAGGCUCAAAACCCAAAGUGUGUGUGUAUAGGUCCCUCUCAAUCAUCUCAUCUUUAGCACCAAGAAAAAAAAGCCCCAAGGAAGAAGGGCUUCAGCAUGAGCUCUACCUGCUGUGUAUUUGCGGUGUUCUUCCAGACAAAAAAGAAAAUAGCAUUUUGUGCUUCACUGUAGCACAAAUGACAGCUAAGCUAAUUAAGUGAUAUAUUGGGAAACAGCUGGUUUGUAAUUAGCAUCUGUUCUGUGGUUUAUCUGAUUAAUCUGUGUACAAUGGUAAUUAUUGAGAUAUAGCUGGAGCUGUAGUUAUAGUUUUGUCCAUGUGCAUGGACUUCAGUAGACAAAUAUUAAAAAUCGGGGGAAAAUGACAAAUGGAGGAACCUAAUAAUACUUACAUCCAGUGACUAAUGGUAAAAUGGAGUUUGUGGCUAUGGUUUUAGAGAUACUUUUAUAUAUUUUUGAUAGGAAAUAUAACCAGGUCCAAUAUUGAACCCAGAAUAUCAGGUACUGAAAUUCAAUGAAGUAUUUAUUGUUAACAAUGUGCUUAAAAGUUUUACCAUCUUGUCUCUUGGUCCAUGCCCACAUCAGACCUGAACAGCUUAUACCAAUAUUCCUUUGAUAGAGCGAUGGUUUAGAAGAUUCUGUGUUGUCUAGCAGUUAGAAGAUAAACAAUACCAAUUCCCUCAUCCUGUUGGGUGUGUUUUGGCUGAGCAACACAUGGACUUUCAUGUCGCCAUCUGCAUGAUGCUGCAGAGGAGCCUAACUUCCUUCAAUGUGAACCUGUUCCACAGAUUCACUAUGCCAUUUUUAAUGCAGAUACACCUCAAAAUUCAGACUUUAACAAUCUAAAUUAAAACAAUGGUAACUUAAUGAUUAAACAUACUAAUCCAGCAUCAUGCAGCCAAAUCAAAUCACUAUCUCUCCAGGUUGCUCUGGUAAUGAUACCGUCAGGAAAGAGCUGCACGUAUUUUGGGGUUCCAUUUACUUUGUUGCUGUCAGCCUAAAUAUCUCACUUACAAUAUCUCAAGCCCUUAGCAUCCAUGCUUGAAACUUCCUUUAAAUUUUCUUUAAACAUGACUUCAUCUUAUGAAUUUAGUGGAAAGCUGAAACUCUGUAAGGGCAGCAUAACAUCAGUAAAUCUCAAGGACUGGUGGAAUUGUUGGGGAGCAAUAGGAAAGCAAUCUUUAAGUCAUACUUAAAUGUGACGUACAUCAAAGUUGCUGGUGAACGCAGCAGGCCAGGCAGCAUCUAUAGGAAGAGGCCUUAAAUGUGACGCCUUGUGCACCUUCUGGAGGUGAGUUUGGGUGCAUGUGAGUAACCUGCUUGUGAGGCCAGGGUGAUAAAUUUUCUCUGUUGAUGGGGCAUUUGAAAAAAACUUCAACAGACAUCUCUUGAGACUUGGGGAAACUCAUCAGUAAGAAUAAGUGCUUUUUGAUUCCAUGCUGUUUUCUUAGUUUCCACUAGCAAAUAUUUUGUAAUGGCUUCUUGUGAUUAUAAACAUUUGGGAGCUUUCAGUUAGCCACCUUUGGAAUAGGCCUGAAAAAAGUUAGGGAACAAAUAUCAUGGAUGCUUUUGAUCACACAUUGAACAUAAAUGUAGUAAUAGGGUGCACAACAAAGAAAACCAUAACUGGCCUGGUGUAUUAGGAGUCCAAAGCGAGUAGAGGAGAGGGGGCACUGGAGGUAUUGUAUAUGUGAGACAUCUAUGCACAGGUAUUUGGCUACCUUAAAGUGUAUGCAAUAGUGCUUAUCUACACUAGGAUUGACAGGGUAUAGGUGAUCACAGACAUCUAUUGCCGUGUUCAAGAAGAGCUGCCCACUACUGAGCCUGAUUUCUCUAUCUGUCAUUUUCUAAAUCAUCAUUCAAUUUCUUUGCCUCCAAUCCACUGUGGAUCCUCAAGGACCUCUUUUGGUAGCACUUAAAUGCACAGAGUAGGUUACAAGUGAGUUGUCUGCUGAAUGCCCAUUUGCCGUGCAGGUGGUCAGAUUAGCAUCUCUGGUUGGCUUCCCCCAGCGCAGAGUACCAUUGAUUAAAACAUUCAGGAGGUUUGACCUUCUGCAAGUAGUUUCCUUCCAGCAGUGCACAAAUUGUGUGCAAUCACAAGAAAAGGUCCACGCAGAUCCAUGUGUGCCUGCUUCCCUGGCACACAUCAUCCAGCACUGCAUUUUGCUUUGCAGUAAGGAGUUGAUUGAGGACAGGCUCACUGAAUGCUUUGGGCGAGAUGUGACUACCAGCUAAGUCACUGAGCAAGUCUUGUUGAAGAUGUACCUCUAGUACUUGAAUUGUGCUCAAAAUGUUCUUCAGUGCUCACGGGUAAGUGUAACGAGAAUGAUAGUGUUGUGCUGCAUUAGCACCACAUUGCACUGCACUGUGUAUUACAGUUAGAGGAUAGCUCAGUGCUCAUCACCGAUGGUGUACAUGUUAGAUGGGGAAAACUUCAAACAAAUGCUUCCCAGGUACUUUAAUACCUUGAAAGUUCUGCUAAUGAUUUCCGCCAGGAAAAAAUUAAAAUUAAAUUCUUCAACCCCCAACAUCUCCUAUAAACUAGUCCAUCAAGCAAGUGUAUUAUGUUGCUCAUUCCCCAGUGUGUCAUAUCAUGGGAACCAUUUGGCUUCAUCCUAGGAUCUUUGCAUGAUUUAGAAAAUGCUGGCAAAACAAAUAGAACAAUGCAGAUGUUCUAAAUAAAGACCUGAUUCAAGAUUGAAACAUUGCAUUUUCUGGCCUUGAUAUGCCCUUAAAUACUGACAGUAACUACAUCAGGAUCUCCUCCGUGAGUGGGAAAUUAAAAACAAUGUGAUAAAGGCUAUGCAUCGCACAUUAUCAGCCAGUGAAUAAGCCACAGUGACCUGCACUUCUUCAACUGAGGAAUCACAAAACUCAGCAAACUCUUCUGAAAUUCUGUGGCAUACUGAAUUCAUCACUAGUGUUUAGCUCUUGAACGCAUUAUCAAAUUGAUGUUACAAAUGAUCUUUCAUGAUGUAAAAUGAUCCAGGUCAGCUAGCACUGAACACAAUAUUGGUUAAAAAAGAGAAGUGGAACUAUCAAUUCAUGUAAUUUUAGUAGUUUUCUACACACUCCUGUAGCAUGUAUUUCUAUGGCUUCAUUUUUCAGGGAGGCAGAUCCCUGCUAAUGUUUCCUUGGUCUGCACUCUCUGUUUCGGUCAUAGUUUGUAUCCCACCUGCUCCUGUAUUGGGGGAACACUCACUCAACAGAAGCUCACGAGCACAUUGAGUACGGGCAGGUUAGAGAACAGCCCAUGAAAAGUGAGCAUUUUUCACUUCUGUCUUCCCAUUACCAUCAUCUUGGUUUUGGACUGACUGCAAGUGAACAACUUGGUAGAGUUCAUUGAUGUUAAAGCAAUCCUGUUGAUAUGUCUAGCAUAUCUGUGUUCAUAGCAUGUGUCUUCACUUUUGAGACCCAUGCUUGAAGCUUCGUAUAGGCAACAACUUUGCCCAUAUUUAGCUGCACAGCCAUUCCAGUGGUUUUGGCACCAGACAGUCCUUUAUUAUGGGGACUGUGCAAGACCUUGCAAGUUGCCACUGGACUUCAUCAUUCCAUUUCUUCAAAUGGCACUGUGUUUAUCUGAGAUGAGCUGGUAGAGGCUUGUGUUACCCAACAAAGCCAAUUCCUCACAUACCCUCACCAAUUAUCAAGUGAAAGUCACAGCCCGCUGAAAUGCUGGUAAUUAUAUGGGCUUGUGGUUGUGCAUCCUUUCAUAUUCAAAGGUGGGAGAUUGAAAGGUGUAGGAAUUCAAAGAGAUCUGAAUGUCCUUGUACAUAAAUUGCAAAAAAAAAGGAAAAAGUAGGUACAGCAAGUAAUUAGAAAGAAACAUUCUGCUUCUCUUUAUUGCAAGAGAAAUUGAGUUCAAGAGUGCAGGGAGCUUGUUCCAAUUGUCAGAGCACUAAAGAGACUGCAUCUAACAUAUUACAUAGAUAUCGGGUCUCUCUACCCUUGAAGGUUGUACUUGCAAUUAAGGGAGUGCAGCAAAGGUUCUGUAUAUUGAUUCCUGGAAUGAUGGGUUUCUCAUAUGUUAAGUUUACUUGACUGGGCCUAGGCUCUCCUGGAUUUAGAAGGGUGAAAGUUGAUAUCAUAAUUUUUUUUUGGCAUUGGACUGAGUAGAAUAGAGACUCCAAAGGUUAUAGAUACAGAGAUGAUGUUUUCUUUGGCUGGAAUAUCUGGAACAGGGGGUGACAGUCUGAAAACUUAAAAAAAAAAGGUCAUUCAGGACAGAGAGGUGAGGAAAAUUUGUACCAGAGGUUAGUAAAUCUGCAAUGCUCCACCUAACAGGGCUAUGGAGGCUUGCCAACUUGCAGAGCAUUUAGAUAAAUAUUUAGAUAUUAAGAUAAUCAAGGGCUAUUUAGGAUCAUUGCUGGAAUAUAACAUUGAAGUGAAAGAGCAGGCAUAAUUUUAGUGAAUGACCAAAUACUUACGGGGGCAUGGGGGGGUUGGGGUGGAGAUUUGUUGGUCAAAUAACUUACAGUUGCGAUCUGUAGAAGGAAUAUAGAAUUAUUGUGCGUAAUUACGAAUUAUUGCUGUACGUUUGAAGAGUCUGAUAGAAAAGUGAUUUGAAAUGAGUCAUGAUGAAGUAGCUGUGAUGUUUAUCACUACACUUGAGUUUCUUAUUGUUCAGUCACUGAACAAAUAACCUCGUUGUGUGUUAGAUAUGCUUAAGGCUGAACAUAGUUCCAAAUGGACAGAGAGCAAAAGAUAGAGUUCAACAGAGCUUGAGCCCUCUAUUCAAGCAUGGGGUUGAACAUGACUGAGUUGUAAGUGACUGAGAUUGAUUCACUGCAUUUCAUGUAUUUGCAAUGAUUCAUGACUAUUCCACAUUUCUUUAUACUGAGAGAUGCUACUGUGGUUCCAAUUUCCUUCGUCUUAUUUUCCGAAUGCUGUUUGAUGUACAAUUUGCGAGGUACCACACAGCUCACCCCAUCCAAUAGACGAUCUAGUAUUGUGAAUAAGUACUUUUAAUGUUGUUGUAAAGCACCCAUGGGAUCCCAGUUUCUUCACACUUGAAGAACUGGGUAAACUAUGUCACUGUUGUCCAGAAUCUCUCCUGUAUCAGGAGUUUUACGUAAGCUGUGGCAGAAAAUCCCUUUCCCCCAACAACCUUAUUCAAUCCUCUACAGGAUGGUAUAAGAACAGACCUGUGUACAUUUCACAAAGUUUUUGCAACGUUUUUAAGGAGGUGACUAUCUUGCAGUGGCAUCUCAAUACACAAGCAGUAGGACAAGUGCAACUGUAAAUAGAUGGGAAGAUGAAAUCCAUUGAAAGUUAAGUCCCAAGGUGGAUGAGAUGGAUUAUGCUUAAACAGUGGGAUAAGCCUUCUAUGAGCAUUGUUUUGACAUGGUUAAAUUAUGAAACAACUUUUUGCACUGUUUCCAUUACCCUAACAUAAUAUUUCUGCUGCUUACCCCUUCUGCCAUCCUGGUUAGACAUGUAGAUUUCUUUCUUGUAUUGCUGUGGGGAAUUGUGCUCCCUCUUCACGACUUCAUCCAGCAGCAAACAUGGGAGAGUAUCAUUAAGAUCUUGCUAAUCAUGACUGUGUUAAACAUGUCUUGCUGAAAUUGGAUUGCAUAGAGCUGUGCUGUUCAUUGCUUGUCAUUGAAACUGUAGUGUUUCAGUCCAUAGUAAGUGCAAUGACUAACUCUAGGUCAUUUUGCUUUGCUUUAAAAAUUUGACCAGGCACUUGCAAACCAGAAGUGAUUUUUUUUUAUUGUCAGACACGCAUCAAAUUAAAUGAUUCUCUGGACAGCAAUCUGGAGGAUGUUUGUGGAAGUUAAGUUCACUGUCCCAGAUCAUAGGGUUCCAAACCCUGUGCUGGUUUGGAACCCUACUAAAUAGGUAGCAUGCUUCAAUUUCUCUUUUGGUCCUGUUUUUUUUUUAGCUUUUCCUUCAAUUCUUCCCAAGGCCUUAUUUCUUCAGACGAACUCACCACCCUUUUGCUUGAUCACUAGCCUAACAAUUAAUGGACGUUGGAAGAGCAUGGCAAUGCUUCCAUAAUUUCCAAGCACACCCCCCUUCUUCACACCUCCCCCCCCCAAAAUACUGCUGAUCCCAUUUUGUCCCACUCCAUCCAGCCUACUUUUUCUUCUGCCACUGGUGAUCUCUGUCGGUUCAUGUUUUGUAACUUUAAGCUAGAAAUAUUCGGAAUCAGAAUCAGAUUUAUUAUCACUGAUAUAUGACAUGACAUUUGUUGUUUUGUGACAACAGUACAGUGCAAGGACAUAAAAUGUAUACAUUGCAGAUGAGGAAUAACGAGGUAGUGCAGAGAUCUGAUGGCAGAGGGGAAGAAGCUGUUCCUAAUUCCUUGAAUAUUGGUUUUCAUGCUUCCUUACCUCCUCCCUGACAGUAGUAUUGAGGAGAGUGCAUAUCCUGGAAGGUAAGGGUCCUUGAUCAUGGAUGCAGCCUUUUGAGGUGCUGCCUCUUGAAUAUGUCCAUUAAUUAUCUGAAGCUAAUUGCAAUAUUAUAAACACGUCAGGCAAAUGUUUCCAAUCAUUGCUGUAUUAAAUGGUUAAGUUUGUGAAUAAGUACAAAAAAAAUGUUAAGUCAGGUGUACUUGGUAGUGUAGUAAAAAUUAUAAUAACAUAUUGAAGAACUACCUGGGUAGAAAUCAGGUGAGCAGUGCCACAUACUAGAAUGGCAGCCAGUGGCAUGCUGGAAACACUGCUUCCACAUGACACAAAGUGCCUACCUGUUAGAGGUAUUCCACAUCCACCCAUCCACCCCCCACUUCUACCACGAGCCUUUACCAUUCAUUUCUAAUCAAAUUGUGGUAUUCUUUGUAAAUGGAUAUGAUUAUCUGCAAUAAUUGGGCUCAGUGCUGAUCAUAAGCUGACUGUUUGCACAGUUGGUAAACUGCGUUGUUUUAACAUUAAAAUGCACAAUCUCCCUAACUCUAUAAAUAGUUGAAAGUGCGAAAUAAGAGGUUUAUAUUUUCCUGUGCCCUUUGAUCAUGGUAAUCUAUAAAUUCAUCUUGUUCUUUCGUUGUAUACAGAAUAUGUACGUGACUUAAAAGUUUCUGUAUAAUACAAGCUUGAGUACAUUGUGGCCUUAAAUAUAUAUUCAUGCAGAUGCAAGUACUAUUCAUCCUAAACACUCAGAUUCCUGAAAGCAAAUUCAUCUGUUGAUUAACGUAGCAUACUUAACUUUGUUGGCAUAAAGGAAAUGCUUCCAGUUGGAAAAAUGAAAUAAAGGCAGCAAAUACUGGGAAUACUGGGCAGAUGAGGGAAAGCAAUUAAAGCUUCUUUGUUUAUACCUGAGAUUACAUAGAAAAUUGUGAUCGAGAACCUGAACUUUAGUUAAAUUUACCUAAGGUGCAGUGUAUGGGGGCUGGUGCCAUUGACUCAUUGAUCAUGCCCUUGCCAACUGUUACAGCAUCUGUGCCUGUAACAAGGCAGCUGCUCCCUGGGUUCAAGACUGAGACCCUGUGCAGCCUCCUGUGCUCAGCUGUUGUUAGGAAAGAAUAUGAAAUUAUGCUAUUACCCAUGUGAGCUGGAAGCAUCUUGCACUCAAACCACAGGAAUUGAUCCUCUAAUGUGGCGGUGUUCAACACCAUGAUAGACUGGGCAAUGGUAGAGACAUCAAGAUCUGGCAGGUUUCAGUGAGAUGCUGAAAGCUGUGACUCGUUGCACACUUCAUUCUGAAGUGUGAGUCCACAAACAAUUCUUCUGCUUCACUUCCCUGGGUAUGAGACCCACUGUUUGUCCUAAGGCUACCUAUGGGAAUCUGGGAGCUGCAGUAUUGCUGUUGGACAAUGUUACAAGAAGAUCAGGCGAGCAAGGAAUUUCCUUUCAUCAUCAAUGGAGCCCAGCUUCCCUAUUCCCUUUUAAAAUGCAAACAACUGCAUAGCUAGAAGCUGCCAUGUCACACUUCACUGACUCUCCAGUCCAGUCAGUCAUCUGGGAGUGACAAAUGCUCAGCAUCUCUGACUUUCUCCUGUGUCAAUAUUGGCAGCAAGUGCCUAUGAGCUAACCCAGUACUCGAUUAUUCCCUCACACAGUUAUCUGCCUGCUCCAGCAUCCAGUUGUAGAGAAUUAUAUCUGUGAGCAGUGUCUAAUGGUUGGGGUGAUAUAGCCUUCCCUGGGAGGAGAGUACUUCUGCUUGCUUUUUAGUUCCCAUCUCAAUGACCAUGAGCUGCUUGCCAAUGACAAACACCUCUUUUUUCCAUCUCCUUCCAAAGAUAAUCAGUCUCCCUCCUCCAGCACAAUGUUCUUCACUGGACUAUAUCCCUCUUCAUCUAACUAUUGCUUCUCUACCAUGUUGGGAAUGCAUAGAAGGUUAGAGCAUUUUCCCUUAGCAAUGGUACACUACCCUGGUUGAGUGGGACUGCAGUGCAAAUGUUGUGCCAAUGUCAUAGACCGCAUUGUAGGCAGAAUAUGAAGGGCAUCUUCAGCAAAAUUGGAGACUUUCCCAUGUACACUAAUGACAGAAUAAAGGCAGAGAGGGUUUGAAACCUUAACAUUUAAGUUAAGUAAUAUCAAAGUUUUUAAGCCAUAGAUAAGUGCUGCAUUUCUUGGAGUUUCCAGCUUCAUUUUGAAGGAAAAUUUUCUCUCCCUCAGAUUAUAUCAUUGCAACAAGGCACCUAAAAACCCCAUAGCCUCACCUCCAGAUUCCUUUCAAUUACGCUAAUUCGCUUGCAUUGCAAUUUCUGAUAAUGAGCUUAUCGCAAUCAAAAUGUGCAGUUUCAGUUGAAGUUACAUGUCUGUCACUUAGAAAUAAGCGGCUGUUUACUUUGAAUACAUUGUGAAUUAAAACCUAUCACAUUACUGCAAAAUCUAACCAAGUCCAUGUGUCAAUGACUCCCAGUAAAUACCGAACUGUUGGCGUGAGAAAAAACACGAGAGAACCAAACAUAAUAAAAUAACAGAGAACAAAAUAAAACAUCUGUUAUUCUAUAACUUUAAAUUUAUAGCAUAAUCUAUGUUAUUUAUGAUUACUUUGUGGUCUUGUGAAAUAAACCUGUGCUCUGUAUUGAAUAUUAUGAAAAGUUCAUCAUUUAGUCUUCUGUGAAUAAUUUUUAUUUACAGCUGCUGUAUGCAAACAUGUUUAAGCUGAUAUAUUGCAAAAAACUGCAGGUUACUAAUGAAUUAGAUUUUUGUUCUGCUGCCCAUUUCUGUGAUGUUAAAAAUAACAAAGAGUUGCCUUUUCCCACAGGUUUAGCUUUGGCAAUGGUAAAUAUGGGCCUAAUUUUUUCUAUUUAAAAAAUCUUUGUUGAUGCUGUAAGGGAGAAAUUAACGAGUCUUCUGUUAUUGUUUUUAAUGGGUGGCAAAUGCUUUGUAUACAACUGGUAAAAAAAAAUAAAG